AGAAUAUUACAUACAUUGCUAGAUUGCUCAAUUGAAAUAAUAUCAGUUUGUACUACAAAGCUUUCUGUAUACAACAUAUAUAUGCAUCAAUACAUCGCAACGCACCACAUGCGGACACGGAAUUGCGAUAUUAAUUAGACUAAAUACAAUGACGACGGAAACCCUCAGCCUUGGCGAGGCCUUCUCUGACCGUAAAUUACUGCAUGUAUUGUGCGUGGAUGUACAGAACGUUGACGAAUUAUUAGAGAAAAGCAAAGCCAGGGAAAAUAACGAAGAUGAUCUCACCUUUCCGUAUGCUCUCAUAGACGCGCGGAUAGUAGUCAGUCCGUUACAGCUAUACACAGCCGCAACGUGUGCGCUUCAGCACGAAACCGCCGGUAAACUGAAAACAAGGCGCCUACACAGUGAGAUCGUAUUCUGCAUGUCCCCUUCUGGAAACGUUAAUGACUCGCUGAUAAAAUGUGGGAUUACGCCUGAUACCACUGCUUUUGUUUUGAUGGCUGUGGAUGCUGAUGAGAAAGCAUAUAAUGCGCUAUUGGAUACAAUACAGGGUCGUAAAUUGGUGGUUUCGGCCGAGACAUUAGUAGAUUACGCCAAGUAUGAUCAUAUCAACAGUGUAUACAAAUUAGACAAAUUAAAUGCUACAUUCAAUGGACAGGAUGCGAUAUCAUUGCAAUCUGAUCAGAGUAUCUGCAACCUAGCUGGAAUGGUAGUUUCAAAAAUAGCCUGCCAAGAUAUGGUGUAAUAAAUCUUGUAUCUCAUAUUUCUGUC